AUGAUGGAUUUUGGACAGCAGUUCAUGAUAGAAGGUACAUUCCACUUUUUCACCGCUGAAGCUAUACUAUUCUUAAACUUUGCGAACGGCUUGGCUACUCCUAUGCGGUUGAAGCACCGUCGAUUCGCUCACGGCCUCCUGCAAAUUUGUGGAUUUAUCUGCAUCGUUUUGGGAACCCUGUUCGUCAUCUCAGAGUUUGAAUUAUCAGGGGCACCUCAUGGUAUAAUAGGUCUUGUAUCUGCAGCGUUAGCUCUAUGCAGCUGUCUUUCAAGUAUAUUUGCAGUUUUUGGUAAAGGCGAUAUCAAACUCAUUCACAUCGUCAUAGGUUUGCCCACAUUCCUGUUAUCUUCCAUCAGCCUUUGCCUGGGAUUCCUUGAAACGGAGUUCGAGAUCUGGGCAGGAAAAUCUGUGGUCUAUACCCUUAUAAGCUUUGUAACGUUUUACACUUUGAUCAUAAUUAUUAAAGUUUUAAUGAAAUUGUUGUAA